AGGAUCAGCUUCGAAUCAACUUAAUUAUCCUCGUGGAAUAUUUGUCAAUGUCAAUUUGGAUUUAUAUGUGGCGGAUUGUGGAAAUGAUCGAAUUCAGCUGUUCCCGUCAGGUGAAUCAAAUGGUAUCACAGUAGCCGGGCAAUAUUUAAUACCAGAUCUAACGGUUGAACUUCGUUGUCCAACUGGAAUCAUAUUAGAUGCUGAGAAAUAUUUAUUCAUUGCAGAUCAGAAUAAUCAUCGCAUUGUGGGCUCAGACUUGAAUGGUUUUCGAUGUUUAGUUGGAUGUUAUGAAAGAGGUUCACAAUCCAAUCAAUUAAAUCAUCCAUCUAGUUUGAGUUUCGAUCGUUCUGGAAACAUGUUUGUUACUGAUGGAGAAAAUCAUCGAAUUCAAAAAUUUCAAUAUUUCGAAGAAUCAUGUAGUAAGUUUAAAAUGAUCGAAUAA